AUGGUGGAUAUAGUGGAUUAUGACAGUAAAUGCCCCACAUCGUGCCCCGCCAGUAGUAUGAUGAUGUGCGAAAAAUGUAAUCACGGUAUCUACAGGACAUUCCUCAGCGUCUGUCACAUGAGGUUAUUCCAUUGUAAAUACAAAUUAAUCAAAUUGGAACUAGUGUCACGGUAUCCAUGCAUGAUGUCAGCUCCGUUCCUGAGGAACAGUCCUGGUAUGAAUCUGACACCGAAAGGGCGGCUACCGGAAGUGGAGGAAGACAGGAUACUGAGAUUCAUACACUGUAGAGACAGAGGACUGUUGUCGGAAAAGGCGGGAAAUUUAAACAAGAAAACGCAUUUUGACAAAAACUAUAAUUUCGACGAUUUAAGGCGGAAGCAGAGAUAAAUGUUGUAACUGAAGAAAUAAAAGUGUACAAUAUUAUAAUAUAUUUUAUUCAAAAAUAGAAACUAAUUUAUUAUUUCAUAAAAUAUUUAUUUUUAGAUAAAGAACUUCAGGUAUAAUAUCUUUAUGUUAACAUACUG